AUGGUAGUUCGCCAUGGUGUGCCUGUAACCUCUUGGCUCCAACUUAAGAACUACCAGCAUCUCUUGGCCUUUGUGUUUGCCAUUAGAGAGAUCAACCAGAAUUCUAAGCUCUUACCCAACAUAACGUUUGGUUUUCGCAUAACUGACAACUGCUAUGUGGGAAGAAUGACCUAUCUCAGCAUACUGCAAAUUCUCUCUACGAGAGAAACAAUUUCACCAAAUUAUAAAUGUGACACCCAGGAGAAACUGUUGGCCAUUGUUGGGGGACUUGCUUCUAAAACAUCCAUCCAAAUAUCAAACAUUAUGGACAUCUAUAAAAUACCACAGCUCAGUUAUGGUUCAUUUGAUCCAUCACUUGGUGAUAAAAUCCAGUUCCCUUUCUUCUAUCGGAUGGUGCCAAAUGAAGAUGCACAAUUUAGAGGGAUAAUCCAAUUACUCCACCAUUUUGCAUGGAAAUGGAUUGGCCUAGUUGCUCCAGAUGAUGACAAUGGAGAAAGCUUUGUGCUGAUGCUGAUGUCAUUGCUCACCAAGCAUGGGAUUUGUAUUGCUUUCACACAAAAGGUAUUUGCAACAUUCAGCUUCAUUGAAAUCAAAGGACAGUUGGAAGAAAUAGAGAGCACAUUCUCUCAAACUAAAGCAAAUGUGGUGGUUGUAUAUGGGGAUUCUCAUGCCCUAAUUACAUUAACAAUAUGGAUGGAUUUAAAAUAUCAAAAGGCAAAAUGGGCUCUCAUAGGGAAGGUUUGGCUUUUGACUGCCAACUGGGAUUUUACUGCCAUGGAUUCUAAGGGUUUCUGGUCUCUAAAACCCUUCCAUGGUGCUUUGUCUUUCACAAUCCAUACAAAUGACGUGCCAGGGUUCCUGGACUACCUUCAGACUCUGAACCCUCAGCAUCCAUAUGGUAACUUCUUAUUUCAGAAAUUCUGCAAAGAUGUAUGGAAGAGUGCACAUCGUAUCUCAGAGAUGCCAUUCACCAUGGUUCAGACCAAAUGCACAGGGGAAGAGCAGAUGAAGUCUCUGCCAGGAGCUGUGUUUGAAAAGAGCAUGAGUGGACAUAGCUAUAGUACCUACAAUGCUGUUCAUGUUGUGGGACAUGCCUUAGAUGAAAUAUACACAUCUGGUUCCAAGGACAGAGUGUGGAGGAAAAAAGACAGAUUGCAGUUGUUGAAUAUGCAACAAUGGGAGCUUCAUCGCAUUUUGAGGUCCAUCAGGUUUAACAACAGUGCUGGGGAUGAGGUGUUUUUUAAUGAGAACCAAGAAUCUGCAGCUGGGUAUGACAUUGUGAACUGCAUCGUCUUCCCCAAUCAAUCCUUUACUCGGGUGAAAGUUGGAAGGAUCAACCCUCAAGGAGGCCAGGAGUUGAUCAUUAAAGAUGAUGCACUCGUAUGGAACAACUGGUUCAACCAGAUGCUGCCCCGUUCUACAUGCUGUGAGAGCUGCCACUCUGGCUACAUCCGGAAAAUUCAAGAGGGGAAACCAGUUUGCUGCUAUGAUUGCACUCCAUGCCCAGAAGGGACAAUUUCCAACCAAACAGAUAUGGAUCAUUGUGACAAAUGCUCAGAUGAGCAGCAUUCCAACAUGGAGAGAAAUCAAUGCAUUCCAAAAGUUAUACACUUCCUCUCCUAUGAAGAACCUUUGGGACUUGUGUUGGCUGUCAGCUCCUUGUUUUUGUCAUUUGUCACAGCUUUCAUACUGGCAACAUUUGUGCAACAUCAAGAUACUCCAAUUGUCAAAGCCAACAACCGGGAUAUCACCUAUAUUCUCCUCGGUUCUCUCCUGCUUUGCUUCCUCUGCUCCUUUCUCUUUAUUGGCCAGCCCAGCAAAGUGACCUGCCUUCUCCGGCAAACAACUUUUCUUGUGAUCUUCUCUGUGGCUGUUUCUUCUGUGCUGGCUAAAACCAUCACUGUGGUUCUGGCUUUCCAGGUCACACAGCCAGGAAGCAAGAUGAGGAAGUGGCUGAGAAAAGGGGUAGCCAAUUCCAUUAUCCUAGUCUCUUUCCUUGGUGAACUUGGAAUCUGUUCUGUCUGGUUAGCAACAAAUCCUCCUUUCCCAGUCUUAGACAUGCACUCUCAGAGUGGACAAAUCAUCAUCCAAUGUGAUGAAGGGUCUUUCAACAUGUUUUAUUGUGCUCUCAGCUACAUGGCUUUUUUAGCCAUGGUGAGCUUCCUUGUAGCCUUUUUAGCAAGGAACCUGCCUGAUAGCUUUAAUGAAGCCAAGUUUAUCACUUUCAGCAUGAUAAUAUUUUGCAGUGUUUGGGUUUGCUUCAUGCCCACUUAUCUGAGCACCAAAGGGAAAUACAUGGUAGCGGUGGAGAUCUUCUCCAUCUUGGUCUCUGGUGCAGGCUUACUUGGCUGUAUCUUUAUCCCCAAAUGUUAUAUCCUAAUUCUGAGGCCGAAACAGAACUCUAAGAAACUUCUUACACGGAAAUGA